UCGUUGUUGAUUGUGCACUUUCACCAUGGUGACCACCCGGACUGGGUUUAGUACCACGCCCUACAGCAAGGAGCAAGAAGAGAGAGCUGCAGCCCUUCUGCGUGAAAGGAAGGAAAAGACGGAGAAAAGGGAAUUAAUCAAGCAGGCCAAGAUGCUGGCCCUGCUGGAGGAACAAGAGGCAAAGAAGAGGCAGAUGGAGGAGGAGCUGAAGAAGGAGCAGGAGGAGAAGAUGGCGGCUAUACAAGAGGAGGUGGAGAAAGAAGAAGAAGAGGAGAAAGUAGAGGAAGAAGAGCCAUUGGAGAGAAGCAGAGGGGAAGCGAGCACAAGCAAAGAAAUUGAGAUUGCAAGGAUUGCAGAAGAGUGGGCCGCACAUUUGGAGUUGGGGGAAGAUAGGGAGGCCGAGAUGGCCAUUCCUCAGGAAGAGAGAGAAGCAGCAAGGAGGCAGAUUGAGACGGAAAGGGACCCGAUGAGGAGAAAGGCGAAGGAGGAAGAACAGCAAAUGGCAUGGAGAUACAGUCUGUCCCAAGAGAGUGUAAGACGAUUGGAAGCGGCAGAAAAGGAGGAGAAGGAUCUGAAAGCGGCGGAGACUAGGAUGGGAAAAAUCAGGGAAGAGACGGAGAUAGCUACUAAGCUCAACACCCUGACUCAGAGCGUACAAUCUUUACUAAUUGCACACCACGAACAAGUGCAGUAUAUUCGCAAUUUAGAAGUAAAGGUAGAUGCAAUGCGCGCUGGGUUCAAAGAUUUUGCGAGUGACAUGAUGAAAUACUUAUUGGCCGAAGUCCACAAUGCAAUUAGUAAGACCCGAGAGUUUUGUACUGGCGCCUUCAAGUUAGCGACUCCUAAGGAAGAGGAGCCAGCCCCACCACGCCGUGAGAAAGUCAAGGGACACUUCUUCGAAAAGAAGAAUCAGCAGGGCAUGACUUAUGAUACACUUAGUCGGGAGGCAGUUGCAUUUGCCGCCCAAGCGUCGCCAGUUACCACGUUUUGGCACAAAGAUCUGUCAAAGGGAAAAACGUGGAAGGGACGCACCAUCUCGGGCCAAAUCAAGGCCAAAGAUAGUUUAAUUCUGACAAUGGAGGAAGGCGGUGCUGACGAGGUUCCCUACUCUGACAUCGAGUGGGGACUGGAGGAGGAGAACAGUGGCGCAGGCCAGGGGAGAAACUACGCUGCUGUUGCGGCUGGAGGGAGGCCGCAAGGAGGAGGACAACGGUCCAGCCAGAAUGGUCGGGCCGAGGACAGGGCGGCCAGGGGGUUGGCGGCAACGGCAACCGCCAAGAGGGAGGAAGGGGAGGUCCCCCGCCUAACCAUUCUGGGUCGGAACAACAUCAUGGCACUCUUCAUACGAGAGGAACAUGCGAAAACAGCAGCAGAAUUACAGUUCAGGAACUGUCAUGGUUCGGUUUGCACAAUCAACAAAUGGAAAAAACUGUCUUCCCAGAAGCAGAGUCAGACAUUCGCGGUCUCGUACAAGCAGACACUUUUAAAAGAAAAUUUUUGGGUGCAAUUUGACAAUGUGCAACCGGGGCUGCAUGAACUGCUAGUAGACAGAUUAGAAAGGCAAUAUCCGGCAAACAGAAUCCUGAAAUGGGUGCUCCCCACACCGGAUUUUCUGGCCCCGCACUGUGGAUCCAUGACGACAAUGAUCGAGGUGAAGACAGACAAUCCUCCGAUUUUCCCACAGACCUGGAAAUUCCAGAUUGAAAGCAGAUCAGUGGAAGUCAAAGUGUCCACCAAAUCCUCCCCGAUCUGCUUCCGCUGCAGAGAAAGAGGCCACAUGGGAUCAGACCCGAACUGCCCCAAGUAUCCGAACCAACCGAGAGAACGAAAGCUCCUCCCCAACAUGUUGGUGGAGGUGGAGGAUGCCCCGGGCAUUUGGUUUAUUCCGAACAGCAAUUACAACGGGUGGGUCUUCGAUGACAAUCUGGAGGCUCCGGACUGGGUGUGGCAUUACGCCGAUCAAGAUCCAGAAGUUCAAAAACCCAAUGUUUUCCCCCCGGCUGACAACAGAUGGCAAAAAAGAGCCAUAGGGAAGAUAUCAGGCAACCCGUCGAAAAUCACUACUGACCCACUGAUCGAUUCACGGGUUAUCAAGGAAGAAAAGGAUAGAGAAGACUUGUUAUGGGACCUGGAAGCAGUGAAAGAACAGGCAAUACUUCACUUCAACAAAGACUCGACAGAAUUCAGAAGCAUGCUCUCCAAGAUGGAGCAAACAGCARCUCAUAWCAGAACAGGGGCUCAAAYAGACAACAAAAGGACAAUGGAAAAGGGAAAGACACAAGGGAUUCAGGAAGGGGGCCCAAAGAGGAGGAAGACAGUGGAUGUUCAAGAGGAGGUGGUAACUCUCCCAGCUGACAAAGAAGGAGAGGAGGGGAGAACAAAAUCGGGAGGAACUGGGUCUGAGAAAUCGAGUGAGAGCGGCAAAGGGAAAGGGGACAAUAAGGUAUCGGAAAGUGAAUGGGAUUCCCACAGAUCUCUACAGUGGCUCAGGGACUAUGUAGAGAAGGUGAAGAGGGAGAGGGAACAGGCCUUUGACAUCUGUGCAGCCUGUCUCAAACAUGCAGAAAAAUCUCAGAGAAAUGGCAAGAAAGGGAUGAGCGAAGUUGGGAAAUCAACCAAUCAGUUUGAUGUUCUGAGGAAAGUGAAAGCGGAAGAACUAUCGGAAUACACAACAUUCAGUUAUGUAGAAAAGAAGAGAGCAAGGGAACAGGGAGUGAAAGAUAGAGAUAGAACAACUCCAGAAUCAAAGGAUGAUUUCCAAGAUCUGCGCCCAAAGAAGUGGAAAUCCGGGCAAAAUCAGAAGAAGAGGAACCCGAACAUGACUCAGCCCGAAUUGGAGGAAGAAUCAGCACGCACACAGCUGGAAAAGGAAGCGGCCGUGGUAAUCGCACAAACAGCGAAGCUGAACAAAUUGAAUGAGGAAUACUCGACAGAAUUCACAACAAUCGCACACAUUGCCAGUGACCAGACUCCUUUGGUGGUAGAGACAGCCAAAUCAUCAAGACUGACACUGAUGAACAUCCGCCCCUUGAUUGCUGCAAGAUAUGUAGAAAAAAUUGGGGAGUGGCAGAUUGCAACAGAUGUGUCCUUUCAGAUUCCAUGCUUUGAGGAAGGGCAAAAUGUAGCUACCACACUCCGCGAGAAGAUAUCCACGGAGUAUCCAUUGGGGGUCUAUGAUACCAUGCCAAGCAACCCAGAUCAGGAGGAUGCACUUUCUCAACCAGAACAUGAGGGAGCAACUCAACAUCACUCAGAGCAUGGUAGACACUCACCUCAGGCUUUUUCACCUCUGAUAGUCAAGCUGUCAAACAAAGCAAUUCUGACUUCAGGAAUGAAAUGGAGACCAUGGAGAACAAUUCAAGUUGUACCCUAUAGUGUCUUGGCAGGCUCGAGCCUACCGGCUGAAUUGGCAGCAGUCUCAUUGGCUCAAUUGGUAACUUCAGGUAUGUUGGAGGGAGAUGGGGACUUAGAUGCAAGGGCAUAUCCGGUGGACUGGGAAAGGUUUUAUAGGAGUGACGAAUCCGAGGGGGAGGACCAGGCAUGGCAUUCAGAUGAUGAGAAGGAAGAAGAGGACCAGGAGGAUGCAAUGGACUCAGACAAUGAGGACAGUGAAGAGUUGUUUGUGGUCCCCAGACAGGAGAUGGAUAAGAUGAUUAGUGUAGGACAGCCUACGACUGACUCCCAAGGGGGGGAGGGGCCGUUGGACAUGGACACAGGGGGGGGUGCACCUUCGUAGAGCUUUCAUUAAACUACAAUUA